AUGGCAGGUGGCAGCCUGCGGCCGCCACCGACUCGACAGAGUCGGCCUCCGGGACAAAAAACAACCUGCGAAGCUCCUCCUUCUCCUCGUGCUCCCUACGUGAGGCAUUCUCUAACCAAUGGGAAGCGCGGUGGGCGGAGCGAGAGUGACAGACGAUUACAGAGUCCUCCCGCCGGCGCGAACGGGCGGUGCAGUAGCAGGUCCAAUCAGCAGCGUGGGUGGGAAGUACAGGGGAGGGAGAAAGUAGGAAAAUUAAGCCCCCAAUCAUAUUUCGGGACCCUCGAGCGACGGGUACGGCGGCCCGUGGCCUUCCGAGCACGGCGCUCAGGGGGCGUGCCUGGCCGGGCCAAUCGGCGCGAGCCCACAGUGCGGAGCGAGCGCCUCAAAUGCUCGGGUUUCUCAGCUGAUUGUCUCCAGCCGAGAGUUGUUUUUUGCAGCUACGGAGCCCAGCCGCAGCAGGAGGAGCCGAGACCCCCGAGGGGUGGGGGGAAAGAGGAGGCGGGUUCAAAUUUACACAUCUCGCAAUUGGCGCUGAGCGUCCUGCACGCCCUGCUCUACGCCGCGCUGUUCGCCUUUGCCUACCUGCAGCUGUGGCGGCUGCUCCUGUACCGCGAGCGGCGGCUGAGUUACCAGAGCCUCUGCCUCUUCCUCUGUCUCCUGUGGGCAGCGCUCAGGACCACCCUCUUCUCCGCCGCCUUCUCGCUCAGCGGCUCCCUGCCCUUGCUCCGGCCGCCCGCUCACCUGCACUUCUUCCCCCACUGGCUGCUCUACUGCUUCCCCUCCUGUCUCCAGUUCUCCACGCUCUGUCUCCUCAACCUCUACCUGGCGGAGGUUAUAUGUAAAGUCAGAUGUGCCACUGAACUUGACAGACACAAAGUUCUACUGCAUUUCGGCUUUAUAAUGGCGAGCCUGCUCUUUUUAGUGGUGAACUUGACUUGUGCAAUGCUAGUUCAUGGAGAUGUCCCAGAAAAUCAGUUGAAAUGGACUGUGUUUGUUCGAGCAUUAAUUAAUGAUAGCCUGUUUAUUCUUUGUGCCAUCUCUUUGGUUAGUUACAUAUGCAAAAUUACAAAAAUGUCAUCAGCAAAUGUCUACCUCGAAUCAAAGGGUAUGUCUCUGUGCCAGACUGUCGUCGUGGGCUCUGUAGUCAUUCUUCUGUACUCUUCCAGAGCUUGUUAUAAUUUGGUGGUGGUCACCAUAUCUCAGGAUACAUUAGAAAGUCCAUUUAAUUAUGGCUGGGAUAAUCUUUCAGAUAAGGCUCAUGUAGAAGACAUAAGUGGAGAAGAGUAUAUAGUAUUUGGAAUGGUCCUCUUUUUGUGGGAACACGUGCCAGCAUGGUCGGUGGUACUGUUUUUCCGGGCACAGAGAUUAAACCAGAAUUUGGCACCUGCUGGCAUGAUAAAUAGUCACAGUUACAGUUCCAGAGCUUACUUUUUCGACAAUCCAAGACGAUAUGAUAGUGAUGAUGACCUGCCAAGACUGGGAAGUUCAAGAGAAGGAAGUUUACCAAAUUCGCAAAGUUUGGGCUGGUAUGGCACCAUGACUGGGUGUGGCAGCAGCAGUUACACAGUCACUCCCCACCUGAACGGACCUAUGACAGAUACUGCUCCUUUGCUCUUUACUUGUAGUAAUUUAGAUUUGAACAAUCAUCAUAGCUUAUAUGUGACACCACAAAACUGACAGCAUCACCAAGUCAUGAUUCUUGAGUUGUUUUUCAUAAAUGUGUAUAUUCGAUGUGUUUAAAUUCCAUCUACAUAAACAUUCCAUUAUCUGUUGCAACUGAAAACAAAAUCUGGAAGUGUGGCUGUGUUUGGUAAAGAACACAGCUAUUAUUUUUGACCUUUUCAUAGUAAAAUGAAGUAAAAUGGAAAGUUUGGAGUAGGAGAAAAGAGAGAUUAGAUCUUAAGGCACUUGAUGGCCUCCAAAAAUCCUGACUUUGGAACAUCAAAUGCAUGUGUGCACUUUUAUCUUUGUUCUGAAAGAGUCACUGCAGUCCCCAAAGUCAUAUGCCAAUGUUCACACUGGAAUACUAUAUUGUACACCGAACUGGAAGGCAAUUUUCCUAUGAAAAUCAAAGCCUGUAUAUUCAUUGGUAUGCUCUAUAUGGAAAUCUUAAUAAAAAUUUUAUAGUGUGAACAGUGCGGAGUUAAGGCAUAAAAAUGUUUCACUCUUUAUAAAAAUCUACUGAAAAUGUGUAAUCAUUGAAGACAGUUCUUUUAAGCAUGAUUUUAAAAUAGCGACUGAAAUUCAAUCAUUUUAAACAAAUGAUAGUAGUAAUCCAUUAGUUAUGGCCAGCAGUGUUCUUUGGAGGCCACAAUAAUUUCAAGAGGAAAAUAUACCAGUGAAAAUGGUGUGGCUAUUUUGAGUAGAAUUGGUCAGUUGAUUAUUUUGUAUAAUUGAGAUAUAUGUGGUAGUUUAAGCAUGAUUCUUCAAGAAAGCAAUAGUGACUUUUGCAUAGGGAGAUUCUGGUAGAAACUUCUUGGGACUAAACAAGUUUAGAGAUGCAUUUAAGAAUUAUUCACAAAAUGUAUAAUUCUAAAUUAAAACAAAUAUAUUUUCAAAAGCAUUUGAUUUCUCUGAAGCAUGAUAUAGCAGUGAAUCAGGAUUGUCCUCAGGUAAAUGAAAUCAUGAUACAUUAUUGCAGUGAACUCAAGUGCAAUACUUUGUGAGACAUAUAAUUCCUCCUAUGAUUUUCACAUUUGUAUAUCUUGUAUAUGGGAAAAGCCAAAUUAAAUUGAAUUCAAAUUAAUUCCAGCAUUAGACUAAAUGAGCAAAUUUAAGUAAAUGUACAAACUAGGUAAGUAUAAAACCACAGGUUAACAAUAUUGGAGUACUUUUAGAAUUACAUUAAAACUGUCUUAAAUGUCCUAUCCCAAAUCUUAAAAAAAAAGAAAAUGGUAGGCUAAGAUAGUACAGAAUUUUAAAAUGCACUUUGUACCAGUGUCUAUAUGGAAAGAAGUAGAUGCUGAAUACCUCAAGAUGCCAAGGGAACAAGCAACAUUGGGAAGUUGUCACAACAUGCUCAAAGACUAACUACAAUUGUCUGCUAUCUAUUUCUUCAGAACUGAAACUAAUACGAGUAUCCUUUUCUGUUUUAUACUUUGAUUAGAAUGUUAUUUCCUCUCUUACUUAAAAUGUAUUUCAACUUUUUAACAACUGAUACAAUAACUUCACAAAAGUAAAACACUAGGUUGAAACCCUAACGAAAAACUGAAAUUGUUAAUGCUUUCCAUCUUUUGGGAGGCAAGUACAGAGACAAAUAAAUUUCUUCUUUUUAUGAUACAAAAUGACUUUGUAUUCAAUCAGAAGCAUAUACUUACUUACAUUAUUUUGGGUUUGUUUGUAAGUUCUCUCAUUGUAACCAAGUUAUUUAAAAUUGUAUAAUAUAAAAAGUUAACCGUGGUAUUGACAAAAGCAUAUUUUUAUUACAACUUCAGUUGUUAGAUUUCUUCUCAGAAUGCCAACUGUUUAUUUUGCUAAUAAUGUUAGGUAUCUAACAUUAGAUAGAGCUGUCUGAAAAGGUACAUUGUCUUCGUUAAUCCUUGGGGUUCAAGGUGAUGAAGUUUUUCUGGUAAGGUUCCCCUUGAUAAUGUUCCUAUUUAACCAAACUAAAAAAGAUUACUUUUUUAAAAUUUCUCAGAAAAGAUAACUUGGUUCUUUCUGCUGCAUUAGUUGAUUGUUCCAAAUUUGAGAUUUGUAAGUUUAUUCUUAUCACUGACUAGGGUACCCAAAUUCUUGCAGUUGUCUCCUUAUACACAUCUAACACAUCACCAAAGACAAAUAAAGAUACACUCUGGCCCAAUCUUUGCUUAAAAAUUCCAAAGCACUAGGAGCACUUUAAGUUUGGUCUCGAAAGUUGUUUAUAAAAUCAAAGGGCUACCGAUUCCCUGUUCAUCCUGCACUGAAGCACAUGAUGACAGUAUCAAACCUUCAUUUUUGUUCAUUAAAAAGUGAAUUUCAUUACUUACGUGUGUAAUUCUAUAGUGAUUAGCAGUAUUUGUUUUCAUCAUUUCACUUGGGUGGCCAUUAAUUUUGAAACUUUUACCACUCAUUGUAGUUGGUUAUAGUUUUAUGGAAAAUAAUUUAUAGCUAAAGUGGCUUUUUUAUGCAUAGCUGCCUUUUUUAUUGUUUAACAGUGUUUCUCAGCUAUAUAAUCAGUUUCAAACUGGUUGUAAAAGUAUAGCUGUGGCCAAUGAAUGUAUUUAUUUGUUGUUUCACUAAAUUGUAACAAAACACUACUAUUGAAAAUAAAAGUGUUUGUGCUUUUA